CUCAAUAUGAUAUUGCUUCUUGCAUUAGCGCUCUGUCAUACAAACCGACUUGUGCACGCGAAGAACAUUCGAAGCAGUUUCAGUAUACACCUUCCUAAAUUGGCUCGCUCAUCCACGCUAACGCUGUCACCUCCACUUGGGUAACGCUUCUUGCAUUCGCGCCGCGACAAUGAGCAGAGCAUCUCGAGUACCGGCGGCCAGGCCGAUGACAAGAAGCAUGACGGCACCCGCCCUCAGGCGCUCCACAAGGCUUAGCGGGGUGCAUGCAGUUCGCGACCAUACGACUGCGCCGCAGCAGCUCGCCAGACGAAAAAGAAACAGACGCGUAACAAAAAUAAGCAGGCAUGUGGAGCAUCUACAGCAGUUCAAACACGGAACAACGCGCGCAGAUUGCACUGGAACGCAGAAUACAAGGAAACCUAAUUCUUUCGGUCGUUCAUUAUCUCCCGAUCCCCACAGUGCACCUGACAAUGUUUCCGCCCGAGAGACGGAAUUAAUCCUAAAGGAGAAGGAAUUCCGGUUGAAAUCACGGAAACUCGAACAGCAACUUGCGACUGUAUCUCAGAAGGAAAGAGAAGUCGCCAAGUUGCUCGAAGAAUUCAAAGAACGGCUGGUGAGAACCACCAUAAGGCAGCUCGAAGACUAUUUUACGUGCCCGCUGUAAGUGCCAUCAAAAAAAAACUGAAACUUUGUGAGAUGAACUUAAUUAAUUAUGUCUUCUUCGAACAGGUGUUUUGAGAUCAUGGCGUGCCCGUAUAGUUUGAACCCACGACAG